CACUUUACAGGAUUCCGCGCCAAAGUUGGCCGCGCACGUUGGUGUAGCGAGCGGGGUCACUGCUCACUGCUGCUGUCAUGGUUCAAUUGCUAAACUGCAUCGUCGCUGUGUCCCAGAACAUGGGCAUCGGCAAGAACGGUGAACUGCCCUGGCCGCCGCUCAGGAAUGAAUUCAGGUAUUUCCAGAGAAUGACCACGACCUCUUCAGUAGAAGAUAAACAGAAUUUGGUGAUUAUGGGUAGGAAGACCUGGUUCUCCAUUCCUGAGAAGAAUCGCCCUUUAAAGGAUAGAAUUAAUGUAGUUCUCAGCAGGGAACUCAAGGAACCUCCACAAGGAGCUCUUCUUGCCAGAAGUCUGGAUGAUGCCUUAAAACUUACUGAACAACCAGAAUUAGCAAAUAAAGUAGACAUGAUUUGGAUAAUUGGUGGCAGUUCUGUUUAUAAGGAAGCCAUGGAUCACCCAGGCCAUCUUAAACUGUUCGUGGCAAGGAUCAUGCAGGACUUUGAAAGUGACACGUUUUUUCCAGAAAUUGAUUUGGAGAAAUAUAAACUUCUGCCACAAUACCCAGGUGUUCCCUCUGAUGACCAGGAGGAGAAAGGCAUUAAGUACAAAUUUGAAGUAUAUGAGAAGAAUGAUUAAUAUGAAUGUGUUUUCUGGAUUAAGCUGUUCCUCCUCCCUCUGAAAAAAAAUUAUAUAUUUUUACAUUAGAAAAAAAGACUUUUUUUCCUUCUACAAGAUCUUAUGGAAGCUUUUCUCUCUUAUCUUUUUCUUUCCCCUCUUUCUCUCUUUCUGCAAAGAAAAAAAAAAGACUUAGCAACUUUAGAUCUGUGGAUAAUAUUUCUAAGCAAUGUGUUUGUAUUCCCCACUAGUCUUUUUUUAUUUAUUUAUUU